AUGGAGAAGCUGAACCCUAGGUUGUCAGGUAAGUCUAAGUUGAGGUAAUUCAAGUUGUAAUUAGCAAUUUCUACAAGCUUUUGGAAUAAAAUUGGGUAAAAAGUUUUCAUUAUUGGUUAUAGUGAAAUACGAUUACUUUUUUGCUAUUACAACCAAUCCACCGCUUCAGAAUUCCUUCGGAUCGAUUCGAACAAUGACAAUCAGUUGACAUUCAGCGAGUUCAUCCUAUCCGACCGACCAUUCAUCGAAAGUCAGUCGAGAUACUUCCACGAACUCGACCUCAACAACGAUGGUCGUAUCACUCGAGGCGAGUUCGAGAACUACUUCAGGAAGCACGAUGAAGAAGAACGGCAACAGAGAAUCCAGACAGACCAGUUCUUAAAGAAUCUUUUAGGUCACAGCUAUACGUAUGGUUUGUGGUAG